UCUGAAUUUUUCUACCAAGAUUAAAAAAAAAUCAAACAAGUUAUAGUAUACAGAGGCCGAGACGAACCUAGCGAAGUCAUUGAUUUUGAGGAGAAAGGUAGAAGAUUAUAGAAUCAUGAUCGAGAUUUGUUCUUUCAUUGAAGCAGCAUUAUCGUUUUUUCAAAAGAUCGUUGUUUGAUUCUUCGCGCUCCGGUGAGGAUUUUGUUCAUCUUCAUUGUGUUUUGUUUGUUCGAAUCAAACACAAAGUUGUUUUGAUCUGAAUCUGAAAUUGUGGUUGCUAUGUGUGUUGUGUAUUGUUUCUUACGCGAUUGUUGGAUUGAUUGUAUACGAAAUUGGAAUUGUGGAUCCUUCCUUUGUUAGGAUUUAGGAGUAUGAACUUGCCUCGGUGGUUUUGUUGAUCGUAAUGUCUGAUGAACACUGAACAGAUAGGGUUUUAGGUAGGUGAGGUUUGAUCACUUGUGGAAUUUUGAUUUCUUACAUGGUUUCCUUUUGGGGAUUUUUUGUAAGUAUGGAAGUGAUUUUUGGAUACAUUUGACUGUGACGAUUGUGGUGGUAAUGACUUGUUAUAUCGUCACUAGUCUGUCAUAUCUGAGAGAAGAGAGAGCAGCUUGUUCAUCUGUUGGCACUUUUGCGUUGGAUUAGCUUAAGGAAUUGUAUUACUCUUUGUUGGAAUCAGAUUCUGAAGCGUUUCAGUGUUGUAUUGUCUCUGCUUUGAGGUUGGGUUUGAUUGGCAUGACACAAUAUCGUGAAGUUUAGUUGUUCAGCUCCAUUGUUUGGACUUUCUGGAAAGUGUGUGUUGAUGAAGUUAGAUCAAUCUUAAAAUUCUUCUUUCUUGGUUAUUGAUUUCAGCUUGCUACAACUGCAACGCUUCACAUAUUAUAAGGGAAAAUGGACUCUCAUACGAACCUCCAACCAGGUGGUUAUGACUCCCGGAAUACCUUCAUUUCAAACUCUCGUGGGCCUCCAGAACCAGAGUUUGGAGAAAGUGACGAAGCAGAGUUGGUUUCUGUUUCUUGGAAUCAGGAUUACAGCUGUUUUGCUGCUGGCACGAGCCAUGGUUUUCGUAUAUAUAAUUGCCAACCUUUCAAGGAAACUUUCAGGCGAGAGCUCAAGGAUGGAGGUUUUAAAAUUGUAGAGAUGCUUUUCCGGAGUAAUAUCUUGGCCCUUGUUGGUGGUGGACCUAACUCUCAGUACCCUUCUAAUAAAGUCUUGAUUUGGGAUGAUCAUCAGAGCCGCUGCAUCAGUGAAUUUUCUUUUCGUUCGGAAAUUCGUGCAGUGAAGUUAAGAAGAGAUCGAAUUGUUGUUGUUCUUGAGCACAAGAUAUACGUCUACAAUUUUCUGGAUCUAAGACUUCUUCAUCAGAUUGAAAAUCUGGCUAACCCAAGGGGACUAUGUUGCCUCUCUCAUCAUAUGAAUACAUCUGUGCUCGCCUGUCCAGGUAUUCGUCGAGGACAGGUCCGAGUUGAACAUUUUGGGCUUAACAUGGUUCAAAUCAUUAAUGCUCAUGAUUCUAAUAUCGCGUGCAUGACCAUGACAUUGGAUGGCUUGCUCCUUGCAACUGCCAGUACAAAGGGAACUCUGAUUCGAAUUUUCAACACAAUGGACGGAACUCGUUUGCAAGAGGUCCGAAGAGGCGUGGACAGAGCAGAUAUCUACAGCAUUGCUCUAUCACCAAACGUGCAGUGGCUUGCAGUAUCAAGCGACAAGGGGACUGUUCACAUCUUCUCUCUUAGAGUGAGGGUCAUUCGGGAGGACGCCAACUCCACUGAACAUGAGACUUCUUCAAAUUCCCUGCAGUCUCUUGUUUCUCCAGCCAGUGGUGCCAACCCCGGUUCGUCAUUGUCCUUUCUGAGAGGCGUUCUACCAAAAUAUUUCAGCUCGGAAUGGUCAUUCUCUCAGUUCCAUGUACCAGAAGUCACUCAAUACUUUGCAGCAUUUGGCGCUCAGAACACAAUUGCGAUAAUCGGCAUGGACGGAAGUUUCUACAGGUGCAAUUUCGAUCCAGUGAAUGGAGGAGAGAUGACUCAGCUUGAACAUUCCCGUUUUCUGAACUCGUAGAGCACGAGAUAGUCAGAACACGUGGCUUGGUUUGAUUUUUUAUGUACAUAAGCAUUGGCUC